AAACAUCUCCCCGGCUUGGCUCGUCCGUUUCCCUGGACAUCUUCCCGCUUGCAAACCCUCCAGCCCUGUCGUUUAAUCGUACGAUAUGCCCGGCCGUUGAGAGGUAUGGCCAUUACUGCUGCACAAUGUCUUGCGGCGGAGUGGUCUCUAUUUACACUGGCUUUCCUUUUUGUUGUUGCUAGACUUGGAGUGCGCGUGUGGCAAAGGAAGUGGUCGUUUUGGCUGGCCGAUUUGUUCCUCGUCCUGGCUCUUCUACCCUUCCUUGCCCUUGUCAUCGGAGACACAUGCACAUUGUUGACAGGACGAGGCCUAUUCGAAGAACCGACCAGCGCAGGCUGGGGGAAAUGGAAGUUCGCUUCUGCAAUCCUCUACGACGCAACAUUUUAUUUCCCGAGAUUUAGUUUGCUUGCGUUCUACAACCAGCUGUUUCCUGUAUCUGAACCAAAUUUGAGAAGGUGCUUGUAUUUCGUGGCGGCGUUUACUGUUUGUGCUUUUUUGCAAGCAAUGUUCACGGAUCUAUUCUGGUGUGGUGCCAAUAUAGCAGAGAACUGGUCGAGCGAUACGGCUUCAUGUGCAUUAUGGAGGGACGUUACCACUUUAUAUAUUAGUUGGCCUUUGGGCCUAGUUUCAGAGAUACUAGUCUUCGCCUUGCCGUUUAGAAUUAUUCCAAAGCUAAGAAGCCUACAAAAGAGGGAGAGGACCGGCUUGAUAUCUAUCUUCUUGCUCGGUGCCGCAACCGUCAUCGUCAGCAUUGCUCGAUUGGCUUUACUCAUACAAGGUCUGUUACGAUAUACUACAUACCUUGUUGCAUUAACGGAAAUGGCGACCCAAAUUAUCGUAACGGUACUACCAACAUUACGCCCCUUGCUCAAGCUAAGCUGGUGCAGAAUCUCCAGCCAAACGGGCCAAACGGAAGAUUCUCGAAAGCGUUCGACGCGUUGAAGAAAAAACGAGCUUCUGGCAAAACACAAAGGGGCCAAGACAAAGGCAAUUUCACUGUGUGCUUACACGGCCGUCGAGUUGGUGGGCGUUGAGAUUCCACCAUCGAAUCAGUCUGUUCUCGUCAGAAGUAUGGAACUUCCCAAGUGCUGAUUCUCAUGCGACUAGCUGAAAGAUGAAAUGUUUUGGUGGUUCG